UCGGACAUGGCGGGAUCAGAAAUCACCGGGGACCCGUUCAAGGCCUUGUUGCGUCGCAUGAGGACUACUAGCAUACGGGAUGUUGGCGAACAGUUUCUUGAUGACGGGGAUGUGGCCCACGUGCCAGUGUACAGUAGGAGUGAGAUCCAGAAGCAGAGAGAAGCACUGCCCAUUUUUCCCUACAAAGACCAAAUCAUCAAGACUGUGCAGGAGAACCAGACUGUGGUGCUGACAGGCGAGACAGGUUCUGGCAAGUCCACUCAGAUCGCGCAAUACUUGCAUGAAGCAGGCAUUGCAAAGGGAGGAACAAUUGGCUGCACUGAGCCUCGGAGGGUGGCUGCCAUGUCUCUGGCUCGCAGGGUUGCUGAUGAAGUCGAUUGCCAACUGGGCACAAAGGUUGGCUAUUGCAUUCGCUUUGAAGACUGCACGGCACCGGAAACAGUCAUCAAGUACAUGACUGACGGAAUGCUUCUAAGCGAGGCAGCCAGGGACAAUCUACUGGAACACUACUCGAUCAUUGUUCUGGACGAAGCCCACGAACGGUCCAUACAUACCGAUGUCCUUUUCGGCGUUCUCAAAGGGAUUGCCAAACGAAGGUCCGACCUGAAGAUCAUUGUGACAUCAGCGACCAUAGAUGUCACCAAGUUCUCGAACUAUUUCUUGAACGCUCCCAUCAUCAAGAUACCAGGGAGACUCUUUCCCGUGGAGAUUUUCUACAACGAUGACCCCAAGCCUGACUACUACGAAGCCUCAAUUCGAAGAGUGCUUACCAUACACAGAACAGAGCCAAGAGGAGAUAUUCUCGUCUUCCUGUCUGGGCAAGAAGAGAUAGAUAACGCUUGCGACGAAAUCGAACACAAGUCUCGAAUGCUACCAGCAGCCCUAGAAGCGAUGGUGCUGCCGCUGUACAGCGCCCUUCCGAGCAACAUGCAGGCCAAGGUGUUUGAACCAACACCAGAAGGUUACAGGAAGGUCGUUGUGGCAACCAAUGUAGCAGAAACAUCUCUCACCAUCGACGGGGUGGUCUACGUGGUGGAUUCGGGUGUAGUGAAAGAGAAGACAUAUGAUCCCCACACGGGGGUUGAGUCCCUCACCGUCUCGUUAAUUUCUCAGACACAAGCGGACCAGCGAUCAGGGAGAGCCGGAAGAACAGCACCAGGCAAAGCAUAUAGGAUGUACUCUAAGGCCGCAUACAACAAGAUGAAGCCCACACAAGACCCGGAGAUCAUCCGCAACGAACUCGCUUCUACCAUCCUGCAACUCAAGGCUCUCGGCGUUCACGAAAUCAUGAAGUUUGAUUUCAUGGAUACUCCAGAUCGUCAGGCCCUUCAAAGAGGAAUCAUAAGCCUUCAGAUCCUGGGAGCACUGAAUAAACAAGAGAUUCUGACCGAACUGGGAAGACAGAUGACGCUGUACCCAGUGGAUCCGCCACUUGCAAAGAUGCUGAUAAAAUCGUUGGAGCUGGGUUGCAGUGACGAGAUCCUUACCAUAAUCGCUAUGCUGUCUGCCCAGCACAUAUUUCAUCGUCCAAAGAAGAGUCACCAGCAAGCAGAUUUGAAGAAGUGUCAGUUCAACGUCCCUGGCAGUGAUCAUUUGACCCUGCUCAAGGUGUACAAUAUGUGGGUGGACACGAACAUGAGCAGAGAGUGGUGCUACGACAACUUCGUUCAACACCGUCGCUUGCAGCAGGCAAGGUCUGUGAGGAAUCAGCUGUGCUCGGUGUUAACAAGACGAAAUUUUGAAGUCACCUCGUGCGGGAAGGACACAGACAAGGUCCUGCAAGCACUUUGUUGCGGCUUCAGCCAGAACAUCGCAGUAGCCAACAGACAAUUUUUGCCAAUGGAGCCAGAAGAUAUAUCCUACAAAACUGUUAUUGGCUUUCGGAAUGUAUCCAUCCACCCUUCAAGUGUCCUUUUCCACGAGAGCGCCGAAUGGAUCGUGUACCACGUGCUACUUAAGACGACCAAGCCGUACGUUCGAUGCGUCAGUCGAGUGAAAGCGUCCUGGGUUCCAAAGAACAUAUACGACCUCCAAAUGCGCAGAUUCAAAGUAAUUGACUCAGCCAUAGCAACUGUCUUCCCGUCAUUCCCCUUCAAACGAUAGACUUCACUUAUUCAUCCGAAGAGACAGGCAAGCACCUGAAUGUGUAAGAGAGGUUUCGAAUAGUGCAAAAUUUGUGUUUAACGUUCAAUAAAAUAUUGCAAGAUGUAAUCGA